AUGCCGUUCCUGUCUGCUCAACACAUCGCUACUCUCACUCCCAAUGGAGUCCUGUCCAAGGAUGUACAGUUGCAACUGGCUCAGUUUGCCACCCAAGCCAAGGAGAUGUCUUACUCUCCAUAUAGCAAGUUUCGAGUCGGUGCUGCUCUUUUGGCUCCUACCGGCGAACAAGUCAUCGAGUUGUACUUACCCCUGUUUCAAUAUAUUGUAGGAUGCAAUGUCGAAAAUGCUUCAUACGGAGGAACCAUAUGUGCUGAAAGAACUGCCUUUGUUAAAGCUGUGAGUGAAGGCCACAAAAAGUUUUUGGCAAUUGCUGUUAUCACUGACAAGGAAGCUGCCAUUUCACCUUGUGGAUUCUGUCGCCAGUUCAUGGUCGAGUUUGGAAAACACAUUCAGGUUUAUCAGUUUUCUGCAAGCUUUGACAAGGUGGAAAUCAAAUCUCUUAAGGAGUUGCUUCCUGACAGUUUUGGACCCGAGGAUUUGGACAAAUAG